ACUUAUUGUUCAGAAUUGUGUCAUUGACAUUUCACUUGAAAUGAACACUAAUUGCAGUCUAUAUUGACUCUACUUUCUUCCUCUGAGUGCCGAGGUCUGGUUGAAACUGAAUCCGCCUGACCCAGCAGCUAUGAAUAGCUGCUGUUUAUGCACUGACCGACAUUAAGUCUAUGAGAGAGUCAGGACAGUCAGAAAGAUCUGUAAAGGCAGGAAGGAAAAUAUAAGAAAGACAAGAUACUUCAAAAUGUUGCUGGACGGCAACAGUACCUAAAAAAUACCCGAGAAAGUAGUAUUAGGGCCCAGCAUGGAGCUUUCUAGGGAUUUCCUUCCAAAAGAAUGGGAGGAGAGAUGGAGGAGAGAGAAGGAGAAGAGGAAACGGGUGAUUGAAGAAGGUGGAGGAGAAGAAAUUGAACAGGACAACCAUGAACUUAUGAGGAUCGUGGCGUACAAUGACUCCAGGAUGGGGCUGAUGGGUCUGAGGGGUAGGAGACAGGAUUCGGAGUUCGGGGCAAAUGGUGCUUAUCUUGAAGGAAAUGGACAGCACGUGAGAAAGACUGCAUUUUGGGGUGAAGGACUUGGUGAUAAAGUCCUUCCCUACCGCAGUGACACCCACCCCAAAGAGGUGUUCGUUGCCCUGAAGGAAUUCUGGGAUGCAUCUCUCCUCACAGACUUGACUCUAACCACUGCCAGCGGGAACGGCUUCGACGUACACGCCACUAUUCUUGCUGCCGUCAGCUCUUUCCUCCGUGAGAGGCUGAGGGAUGAAAACAACGAGAAUAACGCAGUAGUCCAGAGGCACUCACUGUCUCUGUCUCCUGGGGUCGAUCAUGUCGGGCUACAGGCAAUUUUGGAGUUUGCCUACACUGGAGCUGUAUCGUCUCUUAACAACGACAACCUGUCCUCCGUUGUGGCUGCUGCUCAAGCUCUGGGCGUGCCUAGAGUGCUGGAUCUCUGCAACCAGGAGGAGGAGAUGAAAGAAGACGGGAGUCCUGAGAAGGAAGAGAGAAACGUAUCUGCCCUAGAACAGAUGAAGAUUACUCUUCAGUCCAUUAAGCAGCUGUGGGCAGAUGGUGUUGGAUGUGAUGUGAUCUUGAAAGUGGACGAUGCUUUAUUCCAUGUCCACAGAGUCGUCCUGGCAGCAAGCAGUGACUACUUCCGAGGCAUGUUCACCUGCGGGAUGAGGGAAUCCAAUCAGACCUGUAUUGCCCUUCCUUUCCUGUCACCUUCUGAGCUGGAUGCUCUGAUUAGCUGCUCCUACAGUGGGACCCUUUCACUUAGCUGGGGCUGUGUCUUCGAGAUAUCCUGCACUGCCCUCCAGCUUCAGUUCCAGCCUGCAAUCUCGCUCUGCCUCAGAUUCAUGCGGCAGGAAAUGGAGGCAAGCUCCUGCCUGGAUGUGGCAUCUUUUGCUGAUGCCUACCAGAUGUCAGAGUUGCUUGAGGAAGCCAAUGACUUUGUGCUGAGGAACUUCUGGGAGGUGUCUGCCACGUCAAAGUUUCUGGAUCUAUCUGCGGAGAAGCUUCUGGAGAUCCUUCUUUGCGAUGGUCUGUGCGUGCCCUCAGAGCUGGCUGUGUUUCGGGCCGUAAUCUCUUGGAUCGAGGCUGAUCCUGAGGAGAGGUUGGGCAAAGCUGGUGUACUGAUGACCGGAGUCCGGUUCCCUCUCAUGACCUUUCGAGAGUUCAGGGAGGUCAGGGCUGUUAACCUACGCAUGGAGGGUAAUGGAGACAAUGAGAUGGAACUCUAUGGUCCAGCACUCAAGGAAUUUGGUUUCAGCCUAUCAGAAACCCAGGAUCAGGGCCGGGUCCGACGUCCCAAAGAGACCCUGGUUGUGGUCGGGGGGGACCAGUUGAACCCAGAUGUGGGACAGCGCCUUCCAAGUAGGAAUCUGUGGUUUGCAAACUCCUUACGCAGCAGCACAGGGUUGGUGAAGGCGAUCGAGUGGAGGAGGCUGAGUGAGAUGCCAGACAGGCCAAAGUUCAGGCAUGGAAUAGCAGCAAUGGUCGGUAAGUUGUACGUCUUUGGAGGAUGUUACUCCUACUGCAAGGAUGACAUGAUGAAAUCUGCCUACAGUUAUGACCCCGUGCAGGACAGCUGGAAAAGGCUAGCUGACAUGCAGGAAUUUAGAAGCAACUUCUCAGUGGUGGUACACGGCAAGCUUCUGUAUGCCAUUGGUGGAGACAAGGAGAUCAACACCAACGUAGAUAGCGUUGAGAUGUAUGACCCAGGCACUGACUCCUGGAGCUUUGUCCAGCCUCUGGACCGGGCUCUGAGCGGCCAUGCUGUCACCGCCAUGGAUGAAGCGAUAUUCAUCUCUGGCGGUUUCGACUGCAAGUACGUGUGUCUGGUUUCCAUGUUCCUGUACAACCCAAGAGAAGGCACCACCUCCCUGGCAGACAUGACCCAUGACCGGGCACAGCAUUGCAUGGAGACCCUGCAAGGCCGUCUCUACGUCGCCGGUGGCUUGUGUAACCUGGGGAAGUUUUACACCAACCAGCUACUCUGUGAGGCGUACGAUCUUGUGGCCGACUCCUGGACUGCCUUCGCGUCUCUGACUCUGCCCCAUGUGGGGGCGGCCUCAGCCAUCCUGGAGGGGAAGAUAUACGUCCUGGGAGGGUACUGCCAGGAAUAUUGCAGUGAGUCUGGACUGGUCCACCGGUUCGAACCCAGCACGCAGCGAUGGGAGAACAUGGGCAAACUGCCCGAGGAUAUUACAGACAUACGAGCAUGUAUACUCCGACUGCCCGAGCAUUUCAGACUUUAUGACUGGUGA